AAUGGAUUACUAUUUGACUGGAACUCAAGUUUGGUACACUGGUUAUGGAUUGAAUCAAGAAGCCACAAUAAUAUCAACUCAUAAUUCAAUAAAAGGAUAAGUUCUUAUCAUUUUAUAGGCUAAUAUUGUUUGCAGUUCAGAAGUCACUAUUAGAGUAACCUUUACUUUAUCAACAAUCUAAGAGUUUGAAUAAGAUAAUAUUUUAGGUAUAGUACACGGCGAAACAAAAGAAAUCACCUGCAUUAAAGUAGAAGGAGAAGAAACAUGUCCCACAAAAGAAUAAGAAGAGAUGAAGAAUGAUUUUUGUGGCCACGAGUUUAAGAAAACAAAAUUUAAUGGUGUUGUUUUUUUUUCUAUUAGUAAUCCUUUAUUGUUUAUUACCGUUUUGCUGCAUUUGUAUACUUUGUGGUUUACUGGUUUGCUGCUGUAAAAUACCUUGUUGGAAAAGGUGAAAGAAUAUAUGCAGAAAAUAAUUAAGUUUUAGUUUAAAUCAAAAUAUCUAUUGAAAAAUUCAAAUAUUGAUAUGAAUAUUGUAUUAAUAUUUAGUUAAAUUUUGAAUGAGAGUAAUAAUUCGAAUUAAAGUUAAAUGGGUAUUCAGGUUUAUCCUUUUAUUUAGACCCUUCUUCCAUUUAUUUUAUUACCCUGA